AUGAGAGCUUCAAGUAGUGUCGGAGUUGGUUUGAGUCUCGUUUUUGGGUGUUUACUGCUAGCGCUUAUCGCGGAGCUUUACUAUCUGUUAUGCCGGAAAAAGAGGGUGACGAACACAGAGAUUCAAGAAACUUACAGCAGCCCAGCGAGAGAGUUUUUGUACUUGUUUUGUUGGAAAAAGCCUUCAUCUUUAACCUCUACAGGGCUAAACACAGACACCCAAGUCCAUGAACCACAACCAUCGUCGUCGUCGUCAUGGCUCCGACCACUUGGUGAAGAAUACGACGACAUGACUAUCGAAACCGAGCUUUUGAGGCUACAAAAUCUCUCAGCUCCACCGCGAUUUCUGUUCACAAUCAAAGAAGAAACAAAAGAAGAUUUGGAAUCAGAAGAUAGGAGUACGAAAAGGGGUUCGAGAGGAAGGAGUUUAAGUGACGUUGUGUUUACAGUCGAGACUCCAUUUUUCACUCCACUUGCUUCACCACCAUUCUUGACGCCUCCUGUAACUCCUAGGGAUUCUAUUUAUAGACCCUUUAGUCCUCUUCUUCAUACAUCGACCGAUGCAGAAUUCAACAGGAUUUGGGCAUCACCACCUCCGAAAUUCAAGUUCUUGAGAGAUGCUGAAGAUAAACUUCAAAAAAGAAAACUGAUUGAAAGAUUUGGAGUUGAUGAUUUUAAUCAUGAUGAUGGUGUGAAAGAUGAUGAAAAUGGAUCUUUUAUCACACUUAUUGUCUCUAAAGAAAAGGAUAACAUCUCAAGCUCUUCGCAGUUAACCAAUAAGAGAAGACCCAUCUAUCUCCAACAUUCUGGGUUGAAGCACACACAAGCUAUACGAUCAUGGGGUAUUCUCACACCCAAAGGAUACACAAGAGAGAGAGAGAACCACACCUCCCAAUCUUUCCUAAGGGGUGGUGUUCACCUCCUCCACAACUUCCAUGUAAUCACAACGCUCUUGAUGUGAUGAAUAUACUGGAUGGUCUAACGAACACUCACACACACUCGAGAUCUUUGCGUCUUUUUCAAGAUUAAAAAAAAACGAAAUCCAAAUCGUGUGUUUGUGUUCAUCCAUAUAAUUUGAUUAAAAAACACAUAAUUAAACCCAAGCGAUUUUGCCUGAGUGUGCA